AGAAAAAGCCGCUGCGUGGAUCCUGCAUUCAUUAAUUCAGUGAAGUCUCGCGGUUGUUCACGCAACCUCUCAGACAUCUUGCGUUUGUCAGACCGCGGCGAAUCUGCUCCACGCAUUAACAGAAACCGAGCAAAAUCGCAUCCAAGCAUCGCCCGAUCGCCUUCACAUCUUUUUCACAUGCGGGGCUGAACUGAGUUUGCGCGUUUGAGACACCCCGGAGAGGAUUGCGUGCGGCGUUAUAUCGUAUUGUGCGUCAUUUCUGCAUUUCUGCGUUUCCACCCAGGCAAUAUGGCAACACCAGCCGCUGUAAACCCAUCGGAAAUGGGCACAGAUUUGCCAGGGCCGGUGUCUAUGCCAGGUGCUGUCGUAGGUGCAGGUCAGGUCAGGAUGACAGGUGCGAUGCCAGGACGAGGAGGCAAGCGGAGAUCAGCGGGGAUGGACUUUGACGACGAGGACGGCGAGGGACCCAGCAAAUUUUCAAGGUAUGAUGAUGAUCAGAUUCCUGGUGAUAAGGAGCGUUACGCCAGAGAGAAUCACAGUGAGAUUGAGCGCCGCAGACGUAAUAAAAUGACGCAGUACAUCACCGAGCUGUCGGACAUGGUGCCAACCUGCAGCGCCCUUGCCAGAAAACCAGAUAAACUAACCAUCUUGCGCAUGGCCGUCUCUCACAUGAAGUCCAUGAGGGGAACCGGAAACACAUCCACCGAUGGCGCUUACAAACCCUCCUUCCUCACUGAACAGGAGCUGAAGCACUUGAUUCUGGAGGCGGCCGAUGGCUUCUUGUUUGUGGUUGCGGCUGAGACAGGUCGGGUGAUCUACGUGUCUGAUUCGGUCACUCCUGUCCUCAACCAUCCGCAGUCGGAGUGGUUCGGCAGCACACUGUUCGAGCAGGUCCAUCCGGACGAUGUGGACAAACUGAGGGAACAGCUGAGCACCUCUGAGAAUUCAAUGACAGGUCGUAUUCUGGACCUGAAGACGGGGACGGUAAAGAAGGAAGGUCAGCAGUCCUCUAUGAGGAUGUGUAUGGGCUCCAGACGCUCUUUCAUCUGCAGAAUGAGGUGUGGUAGCGCACCUUUGGAUCACAUCUCAUUGAAUCGAUUGUCCAGCAUGAGAAAGAGAUACAGGAAUGGUCUCGGUCCGUCUAAGGAGGGUGAAGCGCAGUACUCUGUUGUUCAUUGUACCGGCUACAUCAAGGCCUGGCCGCCAGCGGGCAUGACUAUUCCAGAUGAAGACACAGAAGCAGGUCAAACUAGCAAAUACUGCUUGGUUGCUAUUGGCAGACUGCAGGUGACCAGCUCUCCUGUUUCAAUGGAUAUGAACGGACUUUCGGUUCCGACUGAAUUCCUUUCACGCCACAAUUCGGAUGGCAUCAUCACAUUCGUGGACCCUCGAUGCAUCAACGUGAUUGGCUACCAACCUCAGGAUCUUCUUGGCAAAGACAUCCUGGAGUUCUGCCACCCGGAGGACCAGAGCCACCUUCGGGAGAGUUUCCAGCAGGUGGUGAAGCUGAAAGGCCAGGUUCUCUCAGUCAUGUACCGCUUCCGGAUGAAGAACCGAGAGUGGAUGCUCAUCCGAACCAGCAGUUUCACCUUCCAGAACCCUUAUUCAGACGAGAUCGAGUACAUCAUCUGCACCAACACCAAUGUCAAGCAGCUCCAGCAGCAGCAGCAGGCCGAGCUGGAGGUUCACCAGAGAGACGGACUCACUGCGUAUGACCUGUCGCAGGUUCCUGUGUCCGGUGUGUCAGCCGGUGUUCAUGAAUCCGGCAAAACCAUCGACAAGACUGAAUCUCUGUUUUCACAGGAGAGAGACCCACGAUUCAGCGACAUCUACACCGGAAUCUCUACAUCUGAGAAGAAGAUGAUGGUUCCUUCAUCCACCGCCGGCGGGCAGCAGUUGUAUUCUCAGGGCAGCCCUUUUCAGCCAGGACAUUCCGGAAAGAGCUUCAGCUCUUCUGUGAUCCAUGUCCCGGGUGUGAAUGACAUCCAGUCCACAGCGGGUUCAGCUGGACAAAACCUUAGCCAGAUUUCCCGGCAGAUCAACACGGGACAGGUGUCCUGGAGCGGGAACAGACCUCCAUUCUCUGGCCAGCAGCAGAUUCCCGCUCAGUCUAAUAAGGCUCAAUCGUCUCCAUUUGGCAUCGGCUCCAGUCACAGCUAUCAGGCAGACCCGUCAUCCUACAGCCCUCUGUCCAGCCCCGCCACCUCUUCGCCCUCCGGAAACGCCUACUCCAACCUCGCCAAUCGCAACACUGCUUUCGAUGUGUCUGGUGAGAGCAGUCAGAGCGGUGGUCAGUUCCAGGGUCGUCCGUCUGAGGUCUGGUCUCAGUGGCAGAGUCAACAUCACAGUCAGCAGGCUGGAGACCAGCAUCCACACACACAGGCCAGCCAGACAGAGGUCUUUCAGGACAUGCUGCCGAUGCCGGGUGACCCAACACAGGGAACAACCAACUACAAUAUUGAGGACUUUGCUGACCUCGGCAUGUUCCCACCAUUCUCUGAGUAACUGGACACGCAUCUUUUUGUUUGUUUGGGUUCAGACUGCAGUACCUUCAUCUCACACCUGACGCACAUGACGCUGCUGAAACACAUCUCUGCAUACACACACACACAUUCAGUUAAAAACACACAAAAAAUCUAUGUAUAUCCCCAGUCGUGAUGCUCUUCUUCAAUGUUUAAUCAUCAUCAUGCAGUGAUUAAACACUGUAAAUAAAAAAGUUGGCUUAGUUGACUCAACUUAAAUUGAGUUAAGUGCAGGAAUUGGGUUACAAGUUGAGUCAACUCCAAAAAAAAAAGUUGUGCAGCAAAUUGCCUAACAAUUUUAAGUUGCGUCAACUUUUUUUGUUGCAGUAAAGGGAUGGUUCACCCCUAGAGUUGUCACCAUACUGGAAUUCAGCACCAAUAGAUACAGAAAUUUAAAAUGCGUCUAUUUCCCGCUAACAUUUGAACGCGUUCUUAAACUGCCAUUGUGUUCACAUGCUCAGCAGAAAUGGCUGUGAUUGGCCAUGAAGGUCAUCAGUUCACCAAACUCACCACCGUUUUACUGAGUGUAAACACAGAUACACGGACACUGGAGGAUUUUAAAGUCGUAAACUCAUCAGUGGAUCACUCAUAUGUCAGCUUAUAGACAAACCAGCUGAUCAACGUGACUUUGAAAUGCUCCAGUGUCUCUGUAUUUGUGUUUACACUCAGUAAACAGCCGUGAGUUUGGUGAACUGAUGACCUUCACGGCUAAUCACAAUCAUUUCUGUUGAGCAUGUGAAACAAUGGCAAUUCGGCGCUGUUUAGGAGCGCAGUCAACAGCGCUCAAAUGUUAGCGGGAAAUGGACAUUUUACAUUUCGGUACCGAUUUGUACUGGGAUUUAUUGACUUCCAUUGUAUUGUUUUUUCCUACUUUGGAUGUGAAUAGAUCCCAGCAAUGAGCAUUCUUCUGAGUCAACCUUUUUGUUACAGUGAAGGUAUGGUUCACCAUACUGGUUGUAUUGUUGUCACAAUACUGGAAUUCGGAACCAAUCGAUACUGAAAUUUUGUAAAAACGUCCAUUCCCCGCUAACAUUUGAGCGCUGUUGAACGCCUUCUUAAACAGCGCAGAUUUGCCAUUGUGUUCACAGCCAAUCCCUGUCAUUUCUGUUGAGCAUGUGAACACAAUGGCAAAUAAGCUCUGUUUAGCCCUGUUCACAAUCUAUUUUCUUCUUGUUUCUUAUCUGGAGCACAAAAUAUAAGAUAUUUUGAAAAAUGCUCAUUGCUGGGAUUCAUUUUAUAUACAUACAUACAUACAUACAUACAUACAUACAUACAUAUAUAUAUA